UCGUCACGUCUGUGAAUCGCAAUAGCAGUAGACCAGCUCAGAUGGAUGACGUGUCACUACACGAGACAAAGUGCGACUUUAAAGAAGCGCUUACCCACCACUCACGAUAAGAAUUGCCGAACUAUUUCUCACACAACACACACUCACCUUUCUAGGGUUUCUCGCUCCUCUCUCUCUCUCUCUCUCUCUCUCUCUCUACAGAGAUUGACGUAUUCGCUCUGCUUCUUCGCCUUCUUCACUCCGCGAUUAAUAUUUUUCUGCCUCCAGCUGGUAACUCUUGGAGGAUAGCAGAAUUUACUAUCAAACGCCGUAAUUUCUGCAUGUGUUCUAUAUUGUUGGUGUAUCAUAUCCAACAAUCUUGUUUCUUAGUUCCUGAGCUCAGCUAGCGUGGGUUGGAUGGAGCAUGGUUCUCAUCCUCUGGACUUGCCAGUAUCACAGAUGCAUGUGAAAAUGGCGGGACAGGUGUCGACCAAUCCUGAACCACAGCAUUUUUAUGUUUCUACAGAGAGAAAUCGUGUGCUAGAACCAAUAUCGGGCAAUCCUGGGUUCACUGCCUUAACGAUACCAAACAGCAGAGUGGGUUACAAUGAAUCUUUAGGUGGUAGAAUGGGAUCGAGCCCAAUCUGGAUGUCGAACCAGCUAGGCCAUGUAGAUUCAAGUUUGCCAAACAAUAUGUCUGAAGAAAAUUCAUCAUUUUCAAUGAAACGUAAGGCUGAGAUGGGGCCUCUGUUACACAAUUCUAAUUUUCAGCAGUCACUGAUGCCAAACAAGCGGCUAGCACACACGAUGCCUGAUGUUAAUUCUGUUGGAUUUAUGCAGCCAUCGGCACCUCAAAGAAAAAUUGCACCAGAUCAGUCCAAGUUGUCUUCUACAGGUUCGGCUGCUCAAUCUUUGCAGAACAAGAAAAUGGUGAGAAACGAUUCUCUCUCUGGGAAAUCUAGCUUACAGCGGGGCCAGCCUGCGAAGAAACAAACAGUUCAAAUUGGAUCAGCAUCCAAGGUUCGGGCAGAGUCAUUGGAAGCUGUAAGGUCCAAAAUGAGGGAGUCUCUAGCUGCUGCAUUAGCGUUGGCAUUACCAAACCAAGACACUGUUGCAAAUGCUGAAAAAACCCAGAGCGAUGCAUCUGUCAAUCAUCAGCCUGUGGAUUCCUCAGCUUCUGAAGCCAAUUUGACUGUGGGCGGUCAUGUUCCGGUUUCUGAUUCUGAGAAGGUGUUUCCUUCAAAAGAAUCAUCUGAACUUAGCAAAACGAAUGAUGGUCAAGUGUUCUCUUCUGAGCUGGCUCCUAAUGUAAGCAGUGGCAGUGGCGGACAGGCAUUCCAGGGUUUCCAGUAUGGUUCCAUUUUGCCUGACGAGGAUGUUCCUUUUGUCAAUAAUUUCUAUGGUAAAGACGAUCUUUUGCAGGGAAAUGGGCUUUCUUGGGCAUUUGAUCUUGAUGCACAGAUGGGGGAGGGUAAGGAAGUUGAACAUGCCGAAAAGACCAACUCUGUGUCAGAGGAAGUUCAGGGCCAAGGAGGUCAGGUUGCAGCUCUGAGACCAGAAGAUUUGGCUUUCGUAAUCGAAUCUGAGCUUUUUGUACUGUUUGGAGAUGUGAACAAAAAGUACAGAGAGAAGGGUAGAUCCCUAUUGUUCAACCUUAAAGAUCGUAGCAAUCCGGAGCUGAGAGAAAGAGUCAUGUCUGGUGAAAUAUCACCUCAAAGGUUGUGCUCAAUGUCAGCUGAAGAACUUGCUUCUAAGGAGUUAUCUGAGUGGCGUAUGGCCAAAGCAGAAGAGUUGGGAAAAAUGGUGGUUUUGCCUGAUACUGAAGUAGACAUAAGGCGUUUAGUUAGGAAAACACACAAGGGGGAAUUUCAAGUAGAAGUCGAGCACGACGAUGGCAUUGCUGCAGAGAUUUCUGGUGGCACAACUAUGUUAACACGACCUCCACCCAAAAAGGAGACUCAGCCUCGUUCUCCUCCUGAAGGAAGUCUCAAAGAUAAAGAAAAAAUUGCUGGUCAAGAGGGCAGUUCUGAGGAUCAGGAAUUUUCUGGUAGCCUGAUUAUUCCAACUGACGGGACUGAUCUAAUGCAAGGAAUAAUGGUUGAUGAGCUAAAGGAUGCAGAAUUUUUGCCUCCAAUUGUCUCAUUGGAUGAGUUCAUGGAGUCCCUUAACAACGAACCUCCAUUUGAGGAUCUAUCAGUAGAUUCAGUGCAAAAGACAGCCACAUCACACGGUGAAAGCCCAAAACCAGUUAGCAACUCUCGAGCUUCUCGUCGAGCUUCGGACUCGCCGAAAGAUGCUGCCUCCAAAAAGGUUGGUGUUGUCAAGAAACAUGACGUGGCGAAAAAAUCGAGUGGGGAUACUGCAAAGGAGAAAGUUCUUCCUAUUACUGUAUCGAAGGUUGAUUAUGUCUGGGGCGGCACUCUUCAGCUGCAUGUAUCAUCCUCGGUCCAUGUUGGUGGUAUAUUUCAAAGUGGUGAGAAAACAUCGACGAAGGAGUGGCCCAACUCUCUCGAGAUCAAGGGCAGAGUUAGACUUGAUGCUUUCGAGAAAUUCCUCCAAGAACUCCCCAUGUCCCGAACUCGUGCAGUCAUGGUUCUGCAGUUUGUUUCAAAGGACAAAUCAUCAGAGGAACAGCGUUCCAGUCUUUCUGAGGCUAUCGACUCGUUUGUAGCAGACGAGAGAUUAGGAUAUGCCGAGCCAGUACCAGCAGUUGAACUCUAUCUGUGCCCUCCAACUUCAAGAAUACUCGAUAUGCUGAACAAGUACAUGCCCAAAAAGGAACAUUCCGAGGCCAAAAACUCCACCGAAAACGGAUUAAUCGGCGUAGUUGUAUGGAGAAGAGCUCAUGUAAGCAACACGAUCUCACCUAAUUCAUCCUCGCACCACAAACACACCUCCAAAAAGCAACCUUUCGCCACUCCUAAAAGGGUUCAAGAUUCGCCGAGUUUUAAUUCCAACACCACGAAUAGGAGUUCCCCUCAUGUAUUAAGCAAGUCUCAGCCACAAACGGAAGAAGACGACGAUAUCCCACCUGGGUUCGGCCCUGCCGCCGCUGCCGCCGCCAGGGAGGACGAUGACCUGCCGGAGUUCAACUUUUCCGGCAAUAUGAACACGGCCGCUAUGCCUAUUAUUUCACCCCACAAUUUGCACCAAGGUGUGAAGAUGACUCAACGCCCAGUGGAUCAAGUGAGAGAGCUUAUUAAGAAAUAUGGGCAGAGUGGGUCUAGUGCACCACCCCCGAGUAGGACUGUGGUAGAUAACAAGAGUCUUGGUAUUAAAGCUUGGAAUGAUGACGACGAUGAUAUUCCCGAGUGGCGGCCACAGGCCCCACAGCCGCCGCACCACCAGCACUUUCCGGCGGUUCAUGGCCAUCGGCCGCCAGUGCCGCUAGUUCCUAGUAAUCAACUUAUGCCUCCCAUGGCCAGCCAACAACAACCACCACCACCUCCUGGUGGUAGAUGGGUGCAGCCACCGGGUCCCGUUAAUGGCGGGAGAUGGAGGCAGUAAUAGUUAGGAUUAGCCGGAAAGUGAAAAACCCUUUGUAAAUAAGUUUUGUUCCUUUAUCCUUUCGGCCCCUGUGUCUUGAUUAGCGUUGUAGUGCCUUAGCCCUAGUUUUCUUUUUUAGUUUUUCGACUACAUCUCUCUUUGUUUUCUGUUAUUUACAAUCGCUUUUUAGAUUUCGUGUGAUAUGAGAAAGAUAUCAGAUGGUUUUGGUUUACAGUCUAAUUUA